AUGGCGAGACAGCCGACGUCGGCAGCGCCUUCAGGAGAUGAAUUUCCGUGGGGUGGUUUCCAGGCGCUUGAUUGCAUUCUGCCUUCUGUUGAUGGUGGCGUUUUGCUGGAAAGCGUGUUUGACGAUUUAGAUACUGGAGAAUAUGAAGAACAUGUAGUAGUUGGAGGUCAAGAUGAAUGUGGU